AGGUCAACGCGGACUGCUACAUAGGCCUACUGGAUUAGGGUAUAGCACCAGCAGCGUAGCGUAGACACUCCAGCCUGGUCCUUCACUGGCUACUCGACCUAUCAGCCGCUACGAUCCGCCUUAGCGCCUAACACGCGGCGUUAAACCCGAAUCGCAGUCGCUUCUCUUGGUGUGGGAUCAGCCGCUAAGCGUCUUGCUUAGCUAUCAUCCCUCCCACUUCCCAUCGCUGCGCUGCCCAAGUGGUGCAGCCUGUUACCAGACGCAACGCUACCACGCGUCGCUGGUACGCGACGCUUCAGUGAGGUUGUAAAAAGGAUCUCAUCUUGAGCAUCAGGACUCUUGCGGUGUUCUUAUAGCGAAGGAUCUCAGAUCUGGUGCUUGUAACGAUGGCCGUUACGUCCGUCCACCGAAUCCUGUCUCGCAACCGAGCGACAGGAAGCGCGCUCGGCGCGCUUUUCCGAUCCGUCGAAUCCGGAUCGCAAGCUGGAGCAGCCGCGCCGGCUACGUCACCAAAUGGCGCCGCUGCGCUGGCCAGCCGCCACGUCAGCACCUGCGACCUCGCGGGGUUUGCGGGAGGUCGUGACGUGGAUGCGGUUCUGAGCGGCGCGGUGUCUCCCUUUAGAAGCUCCGUGGCUUGCGCUACUGUUGCGGGGUCGAUGUCUCUUAGGGGCAUUGUUCCGUCUAUCGCGGCGGGAGAGGCGGCGGCAAUCGCGGCGCAGUGCAGGCGGGGAUACGCAACUUUCUCCCGAUCGAAGCCGCAUCUGAACAUCGGGACCAUCGGCCACGUGGAUCACGGCAAGACGACCCUCACUGCUGCCAUCACCAAGGUGCUGGCAGACGAGGGUAAGGCCAAGGCGAUUGCUUUCGACGAGAUUGAUAAGGCGCCUGAGGAGAAGGCCCGUGGUAUCACCAUCGCCACUGCGCAUGUGGAGUACGAGACGGAGAAGCGGCACUACGCGCACGUGGACUGCCCCGGCCAUGCGGACUACGUGAAGAACAUGAUCACGGGCGCGGCCCAGAUGGAUGGAGGCAUUCUCGUGGUGUCUGCUCCCGAUGGCCCCAUGCCACAGACCCGGGAGCACAUCCUGCUGGCACGGCAGGUGGGCGUGCCGUCGCUCGUGUGUUUCCUCAACAAGGUGGACAUGGUGGACGAUGAGGAGCUGCUGGAGCUAGUCGAGAUGGAGCUGAGGGAGCUGCUGUCGUUCUACAAGUUCCCUGGGGACGACAUCCCCAUAGUGCGCGGGUCGGCUCUGGCAGCGCUGCAGGGCACCAACGACGAGAUCGGCAAGCAGGCCAUCCUCAAGCUCAUGGCGGCGGUGGACGAAUACAUUCCAGAGCCCCAGCGGUCGCUGGACAAGCCGUUCUUGAUGCCCAUUGAAGACGUGUUCUCCAUUCAAGGCCGAGGCACAGUGGUGACAGGGCGAGUGGAGCAGGGCAUCAUCAAAGUGGGCGACGAAAUCGAGAUCGUGGGCAUGAAGGCGGGCAAUCCCACCAAGACGACGGUCACUGGAGUGGAGAUGUUCAAGAAGAUCCUGGACCAGGGGCAGGCGGGUGACAAUGUGGGCCUGCUGAUGAGAGGGCUCAAGCGUGAGGACGUCCAAAGGGGCCAGGUGGCGUGCAAGCCUGGCUCCAUCAAGACCUCGCAGAAGUUCCAGGCCGAGAUCUACGUGCUGACCAAGGAGGAGGGCGGGCGGCACACGGCGUUCUUUUCCAACUACCGCCCGCAGUGCUACAUGCGCACGGCGGAUGUGACGGGCAAGGUGGUGCUGCCAGAGGAGGUGAAGAUGGUUAUGCCGGGGGACAAUGUCAGCGCCACCUUCGAGCUGCUCUCCCCUGUGGCCAUUGAAGCAGGCCAGCGCUUUGCUUUGCGGGAGGGCGGUCGCACCGUGGGUGCUGGCGUGGUUGCAAAGCUUCUGGACUGAGAUUGGGACUGCUUGUCAGUAGGUGGGCAGGUUGUUAUUUUGAGAAUUCUAAAAACCAACUUACGUCAGUCUGUAGGCAGGCAAUGCAAUUUGACCGGGCUGCUGUUUUGAGGUGCCUCGAAACCAGGCUGCUGUGUGCCCAGCAGAGUUGUGGAAAUACAAUGAAGCAGGAGAAGAUGUGGGGUUGUAGCAGUGGACUUGGCGUUGGUAUACUGCACAGCUGAGACGAAUUUUGUGGGAAUUUCGCUGGUCAGAUCGUUUCUUGGCCUACCGGUAAUACCCUAGGCCUCUCACUGCACUGCAGCUGCAUAGUGAUAGGUGUUACAUAAUUCUAGAAGAACGUAUGGCUGUUUUGCUAUGCUGUGUUGCUAUACUUGCAUUAACUCUAUAACGAACAGCAAUGACUACCUAGAGAAAAUCAUUAAUCA